GAGCCUCCCCUCUUCUCAUUUCCCCACAUUCUAUUAGAAAAUUUAAAUAAAUGGGCAGCUGAUUGCUUUGAUUGUGUUUUGUAAGAUAACUCCAAGCAAUCAGCCAGGUCAGAACAUGGUCAUGGAUCGGAUUUUCUCUGGUAUCCAGCCGACUGGGACCCCUCAUCUGGGUAACUACCUUGGAGCCAUUCAGAACUGGGUGAAUCUGCAGGAAGAGUGCAGCUCAGUGCUCUAUAGCAUUAUGGACAUGCACUCUUUCACCAUGCCCAAGGAGCCAGCUGUCCUGCGCCAGAACAUCCUGGACACCACUGCUGCCAUCCUUGCCUGUGGGAUUGACCCCAACAAGUGUCUCCUCUUCCGGCAGUCACUGGUUCCUGAGCAUGCAGAACUUGCCUGGAUUCUUGGGUGCUUAACUAAUGUGCCACGUCUGCUACGUUUGCCCCAGUGGAAGAUGAAGCGUGCCAGCCAGAAUAGCGAAGGAACUGUUGGUUUGUUGACUUACCCUGUGCUUCAAGCAGCAGAUAUUUUACUGUACAAGUCAACACGUGUUCCUGUUGGAGAAGAUCAAGUCCUGCACCUGGAACUAGCCCAAGAUAUAGCACAACAUUUCAACAAGAAAUAUGGAGAAUUCUUUCCUGUGCCCAAAGCCAUUUUAAGUACAACAAAGAGAAUUAAAUCCCUCAGAGAUCCAUCAGCCAAGAUGUCCAAGUCAGACCCGCAGAAGUUAGCCACCGUUACCAUAGCAGACAGCCCAGAUGAAAUAGUGCUGAAGUUCCGCAAGGCUGUGACUGACUUCACCUCGGAGGUGACCUACGAGCCCGCCGCCCGCCCCGGUGUCUCCAACCUGGUGUCCAUCCACGCCGCAGUGACGGGGCUGAGCAUCAAAGACGUGCUGCACCAAGCCACUGGUCUCGACACUGCUCACUACAAAAUGGUGGUGGCAGAGGCCGUUAUCCAAAAAUUUGCACCUAUCAGGAGUGAAAUCAAGAAACUCCAGGAAGACAAGUCUCAUCUGAUAAAGGUUUUAGAGGAUGGAGCAGAGAAAGCCAAAGAACUGGCUGCUCCUAUCUAUCAAGAGAUAAGGAGAUUGGUGGGAUUUCAAUAGAAGCUGCUGAGUAGUUGCAAGGACUUUUGUAUCAUGGGACAGAGAUUUUGUUAUUUAUAACAAAAUCAUUUAUUAAUUAUUAAUCAUUUUGGUUUAAAACAAAAACUUUUUCUCCUGGAUGACCCAAGGAGAAUGUUGAAGGUGAUUGCAUUAAAAAAUGUGCAUGAAGCCAGGUAUUUCCUGUGGGACCAGCAUUAAGCUUGUCUGGCUAGGCAAAGAGGGAGGACAGAAGCAAUCACAAUUCACAAAGAAAUUGUGCAAAAGCAGAUUAUAAGGUUGCCUGUGUGGGUUUUUGGAUUUUUCCACUGACCACUGCAAGAAGCUGAAGUGUAGGUAAGGUGAUCAGAAUCUAGGAGAAGGAUUUGUAAUCCCCUCAAGAACAUGCUUAGUGUAUGUGCUGUUGUUACAGAGGGACAAUUUAUCCUACUGGGGGUUAUUCAGCUUUGAUAUAGUGAUUGAACAUGUUCUUGGAUAACCACAAUAAAAGCAGAGACUUAAAAAUAAAUGCUCAGGAUGACGAAGAGGGAACUUACUUCUUCUUCUUAUAGUUUCUUCAAAUUCAGUGUGAAUUAUUUUUUUGUAUCUAUGUAGUUGGUAUGAAGUGAAUUUCACUUCUGCCAUUUGUGCCAUCCUGCUGGUCAGGUCUAAGGUGCUUCAGUGAAAAAUGACAUGUGCUUCAGCUGCUCCUGUUUCACCUGCUGUUCUGUUUAACAGGCAGCUCCAGGAUUUUCAGUUCAGCAUCAAGUCUAGAAUUGCUUUAAAAAAGGUGUAGAAGAGGAGAUGUAGUCCUGAAUCAAAGAAAUCUUGGGUUGAGAAUCAGAGAACUUUCUGUAAAGUUUACAAAAUUGCUUCUUUAGAAAAUUGUGCUAAGGUCAGAGCCAGAACAGAGUUAAAUAGAUCCUUUUGGACUCUUCACUACUGAGCCUUGAGAAAGUGUAGUGAUGGGAAAGCAGUGUUAACCUGCCCUGAUCUUGGGCCUCCCAAGAUCCACAGACUUGGACUCAUGGAUUGUGGCACCUGUUGGGGAAUGUGUGGCAAAAGGGGAUUGCCAAAAGGAGGCACCAUGUUCUGAAGAGGGGUAGUAGUACAUGUUAAAAGGUAAUGAAAGCCCUACUGAUCCUGUGCCGGCAUAUUUAGCUGUGUCAUUACACUUCAUAGUGCUGUGUAUGAAGUUGCUGUACUUUAAACUGAGUUAAUCCUGUGCUCUGGCAGCUCAUAAUCAUGCUAUGCCUGUGGCAUUGGUCAUGAAGGAUUGCAGUCUUACAUGACUGAGUUAGUAAAACGUGGGAAGGGGGUUCUACACUGUGCAGUUAGUUAGUUGGUUGUUUUGGGGUUUUCUAAAUAGCAGUAUUUAGUUAAUUAUAGUGAGUUAAUUCAGAAAGAAAUAUUUAAUGUUCCAAAACAUAAAGCUGAGGACUGAGAGUCUCCAGAUUUGUGCUGAGACCUGU